CUCAUAAUCAACUUGCCUAACAACAUUUAAACACCCUUCCAUCUCAUAUAAGAUCCAGAUUCCCUUCCCUGAUUCAUCAUGCCUGGUCUUGUUGUCCAUCUCCAGCUCUUCCCAGCUGACAGCAUCACCGCACUGUACGAUUAUCACUCCAAGAUGCUUUUCCUCCAUGCCUCGGGAACUCACGUGGACUGCACUCGAGGGAUUCGCUUCUACCGCAUGCCCUCCGACGACAAGCUGAUUUACGAGCUUUAGGGCUGGGUGGGCCCCGUUACCCUCGGCGAGUCUCCCUACUCUAUUAUGGACAGCUUCUUUAUCGAGUUCUCUAAUAUUGAGUCGACGCCUGACUUUAUCAUCGUCAACACCAAGAAUAAGAAGGGUUGGGUCGUUCCUAUCAAACCGCUUCUCAAGGACGGUCCUGGGCAAAACGUGAUGCAGGCCGCUGCAAAAAACCAGGCUCCAGCCAGCAACGUCCCUGGGGUCAAGGCCGUCGUCGGCGAGCCGUUAAUCGUUACCGGACUCAUGCAGCCCUUCACCAUCAAGCAAGCCAACUUGACCAAGCUUCAGCGAGCUGCCAUCAACAUCGUUUUCGACAAGAACUUCAUCACUCUAGGUAAUGCUGGCAUCACCGCUGGCGAAAUCGAGUGGACCUUUACCGUCAACAUUGGUUUCAACCUCGUCAACAUCAGUUUCAACCUAGUCAACACCCGUUCCAUCGCUAGGCUCGACGGAAACUAGACGGC